AUGUUAGACUUGAAAGGUGGACUGAUCCACGAGAAAAUAAUGAAUAGUAUUGAAAAGUUCCUUAAAAAGGGAUAUGAAAAUUUACCGGCUGUUCGUAUUGCUCUCAGGAAGUACAAACAUCUCCUUGAGGAAAUGAUGUAUUUAACAGAUGAUGAGGAUGAGGAUGAAAAUGAUGACAUGGAUUCUAAGGAUGAAACCGAGGUGAAAAUGAAAAAUCGGAUUCGCCACCAUUUCACGUCAUCGGAUUCUCCACCAUUUUACACAUCGGAUUCUCCACCAUUUUACACAUUAUCGGAUUCUCCACCAUUUCAAAUAUCGGAUUCUCCACCAUCUUGGAUUCUCCACCAUUUUACAAAUCGGAUUCUCCACCAUUUCACAUCAUCGGAUUCUCCACCAUUUUACACAUCGGAUUCUCCACCAUAUCACACAUCGCAUCCUAAACCUUCCCAUCCUACCCCCUUCCCUCCCCUCCCAUCCUACCCCAUCCCUCCCCCUCCCAUCCUACCCCCUCCCUCCCCUCCCAUCCUCCCCUUCCCUCCCCCUCCCAUCCUACCCCCUCCCUCCCCCUCCCAUCCUACCCCCUUCCCUCCCCUUCCCAUCCUACCCCCUCCCUCCCCUCCCAUCCUCCCCUUCCCUCCCCCUCCCAUCCUACCCCCUCCCUCCCCCUCCCAUCCUACCCCCUUCCCUCCCCUUCCCAUCCUACCCCCUUCCCUCUCCCUCCCAUCCUCCCCCUCCCUCCCCCUCCCAUCCUACCCCCCUUCCCGAGUCCCUCCCCCUCCCAUCCCACCCUUCCCCUAUCCCUUUCCCAUCCCACCCUUUCCCUGUUCCCUUCCCAUCCCAACCCUUCCCACCCACUCGUUCCCCUUUCCACCCCACCUAACCCCUUUACCUGUACCCUUCCUAUCCCACCCUUUCCCUAUUCCUAUCCCAUCCAAACCCUUCCCACCCACUCAUUCCCCCUUCCAUCCCACCUAA